GCCGAGGCGGGUCUCGAAGUCGUGAGCCCCGCCCUCCCGGGAGCGAGGCGGAAGCGCGCGGGCGGCCGUGGGGCGGAGGCGGGAGAGGCGAGGGUCGCGAUGAGUGGUCUCGGCCGACUCUUCGGGAGGGGGAAAAAGGAGAAGGGGCCAACCCCUGAAGAAGCAAUACAGAAACUGAAGGAGACGGAGAAGAUACUGAUCAAGAAACAGGAGUUUCUGGAGCAGAAGAUUCAGCAGGAGCUACAAACCGCCAAGAAGCAUGGGACCAAGAAUAAGAGAGCUGCCCUACAGGCUUUGCGGAGAAAGAAAAGGUUGGAACAGCAGCUGGCACAAACCGACGGGACAUUAUCCACCCUGGAGUUUCAGCGUGAGGCCAUUGAGAAUGCUACCACCAAUGCAGAAGUGCUUCGUACCAUGGAGCUUGCUGCCCGAGGCAUGAAGAAGGCCUACCAGGACAUGGACAUUGACAAGGUGGAUGAACUGAUGGCUGACAUCACAGAACAACAGGAGGUGGCCCAGCAGAUCUCAGAUGCCAUUUCUCGGCCCAUGGGCUUUGGAGAUGAUGUGGAUGAGGAUGAACUGUUGGAGGAGCUAGAGGAACUGGAGCAGGAGGAAUUGGCCCGAGAGUUGUUACAUGUGGGCGACAAGGAGGAAGAACCCCCAGUCACGCUGCCCAGUGUACCCUCCACACACCUGCCUGCAGUGCCAGCUCCCAAAGCGGAUGAAGAUGAAGAAGCACUAAAGCAGUUGGCCGAGUGGGUGUCCUGAUGAGUCUGGGCUUGUCUACCCGAUGCUGCCUUUGUUGUUCGCUUUUCCUUAAGUGCCAAGUGCUCAGCUAGAGGAACGUGAACAUGGCCUGGUUGGGAGGUCCUCCUGGGGGUGGUGGCGUGACCCUGCCUGAGAAAAGGGUCCUUGGCUCAACUCUGAAGAGGGAUCUUGGUGUGGGAGGAGCCCCGGCUCCCUUGGCUAGCAGUUACAAUGCCUCGUUCCCAAUAAAACUGGGCAGAUGGAACCCCAGUGCUUAUACUGCCUUGUGUGCACCUGAAA